GUCCCCCAAAGCACCUUAUCCUUGAAACUGUUAGAGAGAGAAAGAAUAGGAGAGAGAGAGAGAGAGAGAUGGAAUUCACAGAGAAGGAAGAAGGUUUAGUGAAAGAAUCAUGGGAAGUUUUGAAGAAGGAUUUGCCUUUGUACAGCCUUCGUUUCUUUACUCAGAUAUUGGAGAUAGCUCCAGCAGCAAAGAACAUGUUUUCUUUCUUAAGGGAUUCAGAAGAGAUUCCUCAGAACAAUCCUAAGCUCAAGGCUCAUGCCCUCAAGGUUUUCAAAAUGACAUGUGAAGCAGCCAUUCAAUUGAAAGAGAAAGGGGAAGUGAUUGUAUCUGAGACUACCCUACAAUAUUUGGGGUCUGUCCACCUUCGUAAUGGAGUCAUCGAUCCACAUUUUGAGGUAGUGAAAGAGGCAUUGCUACGAACAGUGAAAGAGGGAUUGGGAGAAAAAUGGAGCGACGAAAUGGGCAAUGCCUGGACACGAGCGUACGACCAUUUGGCUUCAGCAAUCAAAGCUGAAAUGAAAUGAAAUGUCAUUUCAUUCAAAAUUCCAACAAAAAGCUGCUGCCUUUUAAACUUGCUUCACAUUUUGUGGGAAGAAAAGAGGGAAAAAUGAGUAAUAAUUGGAUUUUGGCGAUAUUGGCAAUGGGGCUCAAAAUCUCAAAACCUUACAUCUUUUUAAUUUAUAGUAAAUGGUGUGAUAAAUAUAUCUAUUCAGCUUAAGUCUUGCUUUCUUUUGUGAAAUUUGGCUUAAUAAUCAUGUAACUUUUGGUAAAGAUUUGGUUUCAAAAUCUCAUUCCUAAGGUUAUUUUUUGGAGUGAA